AUGCCUCCACAACAAGAACAUGAAACUGAUUCUGAUGCGGUUCGUUCAUAUCAUGAAGAAUCGAAAUCAGAGGCUCCGGGAUGCAUUCCAGAUGCCAUGUUGAGCUCCGAUGAGACCAGCAAUGAUGUUGCUUCAGAUGUUUCCCCACCACCAGAUGGAGGCUGGAACGCUUGGCUAUGCACUUUAUGUGGCCAUUUCCUCUUCAUGAAUACAUGGGGUUUCAUCAACAGUUUUGGCAUCUUUCAGACUUACUACACCACGUUCCUUGAUCGCGACCCGUCUGACAUCUCAUGGAUCGGUUCAAUUCAAGUCUUUCUCAGUUUCUUUGUUGGCGCUUUCGUCGGCAGGUACAUUGAUUCGGGACACCUGCGUUUAGUGCUUUCCUGCGGUACAAUUUUAGUACUUAUCGGCAUCUUUACAGCUUCCCUGUCCACCCAAUACUGGCAGUUGAUUCUUUCGCAAGGAAUUUGCUGUGGACUAGGCAAUGGCUUCCUCGUUACUCCUGCGGUGUCUGUCACUUCAACUUACUUUGCUAAGCGGCGUUCACUAGCUAUUGGCAUUUCAACUUGUGGCUCUGUCACUGGAGCGCUUGUUUUUAAUUCCAUGGCCAGACAGCUAUUGCCUACUGCCGGGUUUGGCUGGACGAUGCGCGCUAUCGGAUUUGUGCAAGCGGCGACAUUGUUGUUUGUCGUUGUUGCCAUGAAGACAAGACUGCCUCCAACCAAGUCAGGCAGAUUGGUUGAGUGGGUUGCGUUCAAGCAACUUGAUUACACAUUCUUCACCAUUGGAAUGUUCUUUAACUUCUGGGCUGUCUUCUUUGGGUAUUACUACAUCGCUCCAUACAGCCGCGACAUCAUCACCCCAACCCUCACCUACACACAGUCGUUGAAUCUCCUUCUUAUUCUCAACGGAGUAGGGGUAUUCGGUCGCAUGAUAGCAAAUCACUACGCCGAUACCUUUGGGCCCUUGGAGCUGUUGAUACCAACCUGUCUCGUGGCUGCCGUCGCCACAUUUUCGUGGAUUGCUGUGGAUACACCCACUCACGCCUAUGUAUGGACAGUGUUCUACGGUAUCAUUGGUGGUAGUAUUCUGAGUCUCUUCCCUGCUGGGAUUUCAUGCUUGACGACAGAUCUAUCCACUCGAGGCGCUUAUAUCGGCAUGAACUUUACGGUGAUUAGCUUUGCGACUUUAACCGGUAAUCCCAUUGCUGGUGCUAUAAUCACGGCCAUGCAGGGGAGAUAUUACGGGGCCCAAGCGUUCAUGGGCAGUAGCUUUAUCGUGGGAACGGCAUUUAUUGUGGCUGCCAAGAUGAACCAUGUCAAGUAA